UUGUUUCUUUCUCAUAAAAGUGACGGAGAACAUAUGCCACAGAAGUAAGAUAAAACUGCCCAUACGCAACCAAUCAAAGCAUUAUAAUUAGUAUAUAGAAGAUACCGGUUUUCUUGAGUUUUGCUUCCGAUCAACGCAAGAAAAAGAUAUGGGAAGCGAUACAGAUAGUCCCUUGUUUGAAACAAAAGGAGCCAAGGGAAGAGUGGUUUAUAGAGCGUUUGCAUGUACUGUAUUUCUGGGUAUCUGCUUCAUAUGGGUUUAUAGAUGGAGUUAUAUACCCAGUGAAGGAGAAGAUGGCAGAUGGGUUUGGUUUGGUUUGCUCGGAGCUGACCUCUGGUUCGGUUUUUACUGGCUCAUUAGUCUCGUUUUCCGGUGGCAACCGGUCUACAGGCUCCCCUACAAGGAUAGACUCAAUUGCAGGUACGGAGACGAGUUACCAGGAGUAGAUAUAUUUGUGUGUACAGCAGACCCAAUAAUAGAGCCACCAAUAAUGGUGAUGAAUACAGUUCUAUCAGUGAUGACUUAUGAUUGUCCCUCCAAAAAAAUUAGCGUAUAUUUAUCAGACGACGGUGGCUCCAUUCUUACAUUUUAUGCAUUGUUACAAGCGUCUGAAUUUGCAAGAUUUUGGAUACCUUACUCUAAAAAAUUUAAUGUGGGACCAAGGUCACCUGCUGCUUAUUUUGCCUCCAUUUCUCAACACCAUCAGAUUCAUGGCUCUGACGAGUUUUUGGCUAUCAAGAAAUUAUAUGAAGAAAUGGAAGACAAAAUUGAAACUGCAACGAAGCUAGGUAGAAUUCCUGAAGAAGCAGCCUUCAAGCAUAAAGGAUUUUCCCAGUGGGAUUCACAGAAUUCUUCAAAACGUGAUCACCAUACUAUUCUUCAAAUUUUGAUAGAUGGAGAAGAUCCUAACGCAAUAGAGGACAUUGAUGGGUGUCCAUUGCCUACCUUAGUAUAUCUUGCUAGAGAAAAGAGGCCUCAAUAUCCCCACAAUUUCAAAGCUGGGGCCAUGAAUGCAUUGAUAAGAGUGUCAUCAAAGAUUAGCAAUGGAGAAAUUAUUCUGAAUCUAGACUGUGAUAUGUACUCCAACAACUCCUCAUCCGUGCAAGAAGCACUCUGCUUCUUCAUGGAUGAAGAGAACAGCCAUGACAUCGCUUUCGUACAGUUCCCGCAAAGCUUUGAAAACAUUACCAAGAAUGACUUGUAUGGUGGUCUAAUGAGAACAAUUGGUGACGUGGAGUUUUAUGGCAAUGAUGGCUUUGGAGGUCCUAUGUAUGUUGGAAGCGGCUGUUUUCACAGAAGAGAUAUUCUCUGCGGAAGGAAAUUCCGUAAAGAUUGCAAAUUUGAAUGGAGUAGAGAUGAUCGUCCUAAGAGACAACUAAGUUUAACGGAAUUAGAAGAAGAAACAAAGGCUCUUGCAAAUUGUACUUUUGAGCAAAAUACUCAAUGGGGAAAUGAGAUUGGCCUAAGAUACGGUUUUCCUGUGGAAGAUGUGAUUACAGGGUUAUCGAUCCAAUGCAACGGAUGGAAAUCAGUGUAUUAUACUCCAAAAAGAGAGGCGUUCUUAGGUGUUGUACCAAUCACAUUGGCUCAGACAUUGGUGCAACAUAAAAGAUGGUCUGAAGGUGAUUUCCAGAUUAUGCUGUCUAAAUAUUGCCCUGUAUGGUAUGGAAAUGGAAAAAUUAGCUUUGGUCUGCAAUUGAGUUACUGCUAUUAUUGUCUCUGGGCUCCAAAUUGCUUGCCGACCAUUUAUUACUCAAUUUUUCCUUCACUUUGUCUCCUCAAAGGCGUAUCCUUGUUCCCACAGGUGUCAAGCCUAUGGUUCGUGCCAUUUGCUUAUGUGAUAACAGCCAACUACAUAUAUAGCCUAACUGAAUUCCUAUGGCACGGAAGCACAUUCCUAAGCUGGUGGAAUGACCAAAGGAUGUGGCUAUACAGAAGAACAACCUCUUAUCUAUUUGCCUUCAUCGACACCAUUUUAAAGACGGAUUUAGAUUUUGUGGUCACUGCCAAAGUCGCCGACGAAGAAGUAUUGCGAAGAUAUAAAAAAGAGAUGAUGGAAUUUGGAGAGUCAUCUCCAAUGUUCACCAUUUUAGCUACACUUGCAAUGCUCAAUUUGGUUUGCUUUUGUGGAGUGGUGAAAAAAGUGGUAAUGAAUGAAAAUAGUAUUAGGUAUUAUUAUGAGAUUAUGGCUUGUCAAAUUGUUAUUUGUGUUAAUUUGGUUUUGAUCAAUUGGCCUUUGUAUCAAGGCAUGUUUUUUAGGAAGGAUAAGGGUAAGUUGCCUUGUUCCUUAAUGGUCAAGUCAUUUGUAUUAGCUCUAAUUAUUUGUAAUUGCUUUACUUUCUUGUGAUACUUUCAUAUUUUCUUUUUGCAAUAAUAAUAAUAAUAAAAAUAAUUAAUAGCAAUAA